AUGCUCAAGAAAUACGAUUGCGGUGCUUCAAAACACGUCUAUGAUAUCGUAACAGGUGACGAAUCAUGGAUCUAUGCGUAUGAGCCCGAAAAAGUCUUCGGAAAAAUAAAGGAAACCAACCGCCGAAGACACAUCAUUCUCCACCAGGACAAUGCGAGCUCUCACACAUUGGCUCAAACAAGAGACUUUUUGAAAACUGAAAAAGUCGAAUUGAUGGGUCAUCCGCCAUACAGCCCUGAUUUGGCACCUAAUGACUUCUUUUUAUUCCUGCAAAUCAAAAAUAAAUUACGAGGUCAUCGUUUUUCGACGCCUGAAGAAGCGGUUGAUGCGUUCAAAAUGUAUGUUUUGGAGGUACCUCAAUCGGAGUGGAAAAAGUGCUUCGAAAAUUGGUUCAAGCGCUUGCAAAAGUGUAUUGAUCUUCAUGGAAAAUAUUUUGAGAAACAAUAA